UCGGCCUUCGGAGCUGCGCCGCGGUAGUACAAAAUGUCAAAAAUUAGAAGGAAGGUCACAGUGGAAAAUACCAAGACCAUAUCCGAUAGCACAUCCCGAAGACCCAGUGUGUUUGAAAGGCUUGGACCCAGCACUGGAAGUACUGCAGAGACACAGUGCCGUAACUGGCUGAAGACUGGCAACUGCCUCUAUGGGAACACAUGUAGAUUCGUACAUGGCCCUUCACCACGAGGUAAAGGCUAUAGCAGCAGUUAUAGAAGGUCACCAGAAAGACCCACUGGAGAUCUUCGGGAAAGAAUGAAGAACAAACGUCAAGACAUUGAAGCAGAGCCACAGAAACGAAGUACAGAGGAAUCGUCCUCUCCUGUUAGGAAAGAGUCUUCACGAGGAAGACAUAGAGAAAAGGAGGAUAUCAAAAUUACAAAGGAGAGAACACCAGAAAGUGAAGAGGAAAAUGGGGAUUGGGAAACAAAUAGAGAAGACUCUGAUAAUGGAGAUGUUAAUUAUGAUUAUGAUCACGAGCUGUCUUUGGAAAUGAAACGCCAAAAGAUUCAGAGAGAACUCAUGAAGUUGGAACAGGAAAACAUGGAGAAACGAGAGGAAAUAGUCAUUAAAAAAGAGAUUUCUCCAGAGGUGGGUAGAUCUAAAUUAUCACCAUCGCCAUCACCAAGAAAGUCUAGCAAAUCUCCAAAACGAAGAUCCAGUCCCAAAUCAUCAUCUUCAGCUAGUAAGAAAGAGAAGAAAGCAUCUACCGUAUCUUCCCCACUUUUGGAUCAGCAGAGGAGUUCUAAAAGUAACCAGAGUAAAAAGAAAGGUCCUCGUACCCCUAGUCCUCCUCCUCCAGUACAAGAGGAAACUCCCCUGGGGAAAAAACACAAAGAAAAACAUAAAGCAAAAGAACGUUCAGAAGAAAAGGCGAGGGAGGUAAAAGAGAGAGGGCGUGACUUUGAAAGGCACAAGGAGAAAAAAGAGAAGCAGAGGUCUGCUUCCCCAUCAGGUCACCAUCAUUCUCCCAUAUCGUCCAGACAUCACUCCUCUUCAUCACAGUCAGGGUCCUCUGUUCAAAGACAUUCUCCUUCCCCACACCGCAAAAGAACUCCUUCUCCAUCCUAUCAAAGGACAGCUUCCCCGCCUGCAAGGCGAUCAUCUUCUCCCUAUCCCCCACAUUCUUCCUCUUCUCCUCAGAGGAAGCGAAGCCCUUCGAGACACCGAUCUCCUGGAAGAGAAAAGGGAAGACAUGAUCGUGAUCGGACUUCACAGUCUCAUGAUAGACGCCAUGAAAGGCGGGAUGAAACUAGAGGGAAAAGGGAAAAAGAAAGAGAAACAAGAGACGAUCGUGAUUAUGACCAGGAGCAGAGUACCUCCAGAGAUCAUAGAGAUGACAGAGAAUCUCGUGAUGGAAGAGAUCGGAGGGAGACAAGAGAAAACAGAGAUCGGAGGGAACCAAGGGAAUCCAGAGACACCCGAGACUCCAGAGAUACAAGGGAUUAUAGCAGAGAUACAAAAGAUAGUCGUGAUCAGAGAGACUCGCGCUCCACACGAGAUUCCCAUGACUACAGAGACAGAGAGAGUCGCGAUACCCAUAAAAAGGAUGAUCAGUAUCAGGAGGACUCGCGCAGCUAUGGAAGAUCCCAUGGUAGAGAAGAGAGCUCUCGUGCUGAAACAAGGAAUGACUCCAGAAGUGACUCCAGAAAUGAAAGCAGAAGUGAUAGAACUGGCAGAAGUCGAGGCAGAGGUCCAGAAUUAUCUGACAAGGGAAGUCGGGGGACCAGAGGAUCCCAGGUUGAUGGUCACAGCAGUAGUGGAAACUACCAUGACAGCUGGGAAUCAAGGAGUAGCUACCCUGAUCGGGAUCGCUAUGAUAGUCGAGAACAAGCAAGGGAUUCCUCCUUUGAAAGAAGACAUGGUGAACGGGACAGGCGUGACAACAGAGAAAGAGAUCAGAGAGCAAGCUCACCAGUACGACAUCAAGGACGAAGCGAUGACCUUGAACGUGAUGAAAGAAGAGAAGAGCGAAGGGUAGAUCGGUCUGAUGAUAGGAGAGAUGAAAGGGCCCGGGAGAGAGAGCGAGAAAGGGAGAGGGACCGAGAGCGGGAAAGAGAGAGAGACCGGGAAAGAGAAAGAGAGAAGGAAAGAGAGUUGGAACGAGAUCGUGCUCGGGAACGGGAAAGGGAGAGAGAGCGGGACAAAGACAGGGACCGUGAGCGUGACCGAGACAGGGACCAUGACAGGGAAAGGGAACGGGAGAGGGAGAGGGAGAAGGAGCGAGAGCGAGAACGGGAGGAACGAGAAAGGGAGCGGGAGCGUGAAAGAGAUCGAGAGCGGGAACGAGAAAGGGAGAGAGGUCGGGACAGGGAUAAAGAAAGAGACCGCCAGAGAGACUGGGAUGACAAAGAAAAAGGAAGGGAAGACCGUAGGGAUAAGAGAGAAGAUAUCCGAGAAGAAAGAAGUUCAAGAGAUGUCCAUGAGGAAAGAAAAUCCAAGAAGCGUCACAGAAAUGAAAGCAGUCCAAGUCCUCGUCAGUCACCCAAACGUCGCCGUGAGCACUCUCCUGAUAGUGAUGCUUACAACAGUGGAGACGAUAAAAAUGAAAAGCACAGACUUCUGAGCCAGGUUGUGCGGCCACAGGAAUCCCGGUCACUGAGCCCCUCUCAUGUUACAGAAGAGCGGCAAAGUCGCUGGAAAGAAGAAGAGCGAAAAUCAGACAGAAAGGAAAGUUCCCGGCGUUACGAAGAACCAGACUUUAAAGAGAGGAUUUCUUCAGCAGAUAAGCAAAGAGAGCAACCAGAUGCUUCAGAAGGCUCCCGGUCCAGGGUUCAGGAAAAUCUUGGACACCGUCCGUCUGAAGAAAGAGAUGCUUCUGAUAGAAUGCAUGAUGACAGCAAGAAGAAGUCUAAAGUACAGAAAAAGGCCACAAAGAAGAAGAAAGAUGAUGACAGUGGGGCGGAAAGGUAUGCUAAUGAAUCAACGGCUGAGGAAAGCCAGGUCUUUUCACCCAAGAAAGGUCAAAAAAAGAAAAAUGUGGAGAAAAAGCGGAAGAGGUCUAAGGGUGAUUCUGAAGUUUCUGAUGAAGAAAUUGUUCCACAUCAUAAAAAGAAGAAAGGCCCAAGAACCCCCCCCGUAACAAAAGAAGAAUUGGUUGAAGCACCACCUGAGAAAUCUGUGGCAGAAGUCCCCCAAAAAAGAGAAGACACAACAUUUAGUGACUGGUCAGAUGAAGAUGUUCCUGAACGGGGUGACAUUGUUGUUCCAGAAAGAAGUACUGAGGACUCCCAUAGAAAAAGUCACAGGACAAGGGGUGAAAAGGUGGAAGCCCCCCAUGUUACUAUAGAUGAUGGAUCACACCGUAAACCUGUGGAUCAGAAGCGCAGCAGCAGCCUUGGUAGCAAUCGGAGCCAUGCCUCAAGCAGACUUAGAUCCCCUUCCAAUGACUCAGCUCAUCGCAGUGGAGAUGACCAGACUGGACGGAAGAGAAUCCUGCACAGUAGCUCUAGAGAUAGGGAUAGGGACAGGGACAGAGAGAAGAAAAGCUUAGAAAUCACUGGGGAACGGAAGUCCAGAAUCGAUCAGUUGAAACGAGGGGAACCCAGUCGCAGCACAUCUUCAGAUCGUCAAGAUUCCAGAAGCCACAGUUCAAGAAGAAGUUCUCCUGAAUCAGAUCGUCAAGUCCAUUCCAGAUCUGGGUCCUUUGAUAGCAGGGAAAGGCUUCAGGAGCGAGAUCGACAUGAACAUGAUCGAGAACGAGAGAGAGACAGAAGAGAGGGAAGACAGAGAGACUGGGACCGAGAUGUUGACAAAGACUGGCCGCGGAGCAGGGAACGAGAGAGACUCCGGGAACGAGAGAGGGAGAGGGAGAAAAGACGGGAGCUGGACAGAGAGAGAGACAGACAACUACCCGAUACUGCUGAAAGAGAGAGGGAGAGAACUCUUGACAUUUCUUCUCAAAAAGAAUCAACAAAACACAGUGAAACAAAACUGGACAGAGAUCACGAAAAGGAAUUUGAUGGUGUUUGUCGUGAUUCAGUGGCUUCAGAGAAGGAAAGAGCAGACAAAGAUUUAGGACCUUUACAAGGUUUUGAAGACGGAAAUGAGGCUGAAAAGGUAGAGAGUUUAGAAGGAGAAGAUGAAGCAAAGAUUGAUGAUGUGCAGUCACUGGGGUCUGGUGCUGGAGAAUACGAGCCAAUCAGUGAUGAUGAACUGGAUGAAAUUCUGGCAGGUGAUGCUGAAAAGCGGGAAGAUCAACAGGAGGAUGAGAAGAUGCCUGAUCCUGUGGAUGUUAUAGAUGUAGAUUGGUCCAGUCUUAUGCCAAAGCAGCCAAAAGAACCACGGGAGCCUGGGGCUGCGCUCUUAAAAUUCACACCAGGUGCUGUUAUGUUGAGAGUUGGCAUUUCGAAGCGAUUGGCAGGACCAGAACUCUUCACCAAAAUUAAAGAGACUUGCCAGAGAGUGUUAGAAAAACCUAAAGAUGCAGAAAACCUUUUUGAACAUGAACUGGGGGCCUUGAACAUGGCUGCACUUCUACGAAAAGAAGAGAGAGCAGGUCUUCUCAGUAAUCUGGGUCCUUGCUGUAAAGCGCUGUGCUUUCGAAGGGAUUCUGCAAUUCGUAAGCAGCUAAUGAAGAAUGAAAAGGGUGCAACAAAACAAACUUAUACAAAUUCUGCAGCAAUGGACAGCGACUUGUUACGGUUGAGUCUACGGUUAUUCAAGCGAAAGACUGUGUGCCAAGUUCCUGGGCAGGAAAAGACAGAGGAUAGUAAAAUUCCGCAACCGGCUAUCCAGCAAGAAGUUUGUGUGUCUUGAGUGAAUGACUGCGGUGGCACUUUCUAGUCGAUUUCCCACUACCAGUGUUGGUAUUGAUGUUUCAAACUGGUUGGUUGGAAGGCAGCUGUAGAAGAUGGAAGAAAAUACUCCAUUUGUACACAGAUAAGAAUUACUGGGUUUGGAUGUGAAUAGAAGGGGUUAAAAAUCAAGACUUCUGUGUGAAGUUCUCUACAAGUUUUAUAAUACUGAAUCUUGCAGUGUAACAUAAACCUGUUUUAUGGUGCAUCAAGUGUAAUAAUGUGAACAUGUCUGGUUUUAGCAGUUUAUAACACCACCUGAUAUUAAACUGAAGAAAACUG